AAAGAAAGACCGCUGGGUUUUCCAUAUUUUCUCUCUUGCAAGUUUGCUGGCUAAAUUAAUAUAUUUUCAUUUUUAAUCGAUUGAUUUAUUUGCGACGCACAUAAGAAGAUAUGGCUGUUGAAAACUAUUUGCUGCUUUGCGUAGUAUUUGCUGCACAUAUUCUGGGUAUAGAGACCCGUAAAGUAAGAGUAGGACGAGGUGGAGGUGGAGGAGGUAUAGUUAUAGCCUUCAUUUUCAUUGGAUCAAUCAUAGCUAUUGUGAUCCUGACCUGCAUUUGUCGUUUAUUUAAGUUUUGCCGUUCUAAAUGGCCGAACUUUAAACAACGUAUUUUCCGCCUUUGUUGUCGUGGCGAAAACCAACAAGCAGGAAACGAUGCAGUAGACCUUACCGUGUUGGAUCUAAUUAUAUUAAUGGAGCAGGCUAGGCUUGUCGCCUACCUUCGAGCCCAGCAAAACAACGAACAAUCCGCUGCAGUUGGACAAAUCGGACCGUGCGAACAAAUUGGAUCCUCUCAGCUAAAAUUAGACACGCUUAGCCCAAUGAUGUUAUUGGACACCGAUGACUCAAAAGAAACCACAGCGACAUCAGAUAUACAGAGACCUUGGGAACAUGUUGGAUCCUCUCAGCUAAAAUUAGACACGCUUAGCCCAAUGACGUUAGAUGACACCGAUGACUUAAAAGAAACCAUAGCGACAUCAGCUAUACAGAGUAGAUCUUGGGAACAGGUUGGAACUCCUCAGCUCAAAUUAGACACACUAAGCAUCUUGAAGUUAAAUGACGUCAGCAUAACGCAAAAAACCCCAAUGACAACAUAUGAUGGCUCCUCAGCUCAAAUUAGACACACCUAGUAAGUUAACGUUAAAUGACGUCAACAUAACACAGAAAAACCAAAUAAUAUCAGAUGAACUAAGUCGACUUUGGGAACAGAUGAUGGCUCUUCAGCUUGAAUAAGACACUCUUAAUUCGACUACGCCAUAUGACGCCAACGUCAGGGAGGAAACACCAAUAACAUCAUAUAAAUAAACAUACAUAUGUUUCAUACAACCAUAUCUUUCGUUGUUUGGUGACCCUUUCUUAAGGGAUUCUAUGCUUUCAGGUAAAAACAACUCGGAACAAGGGAAUGACUAUACAAAAUUAAGCUAAACGACAGGACUGAGAGACACAAAUAGAUACAAUCAAUUUAGAUACAUGUAGGCAACUAAUGCGUUUAGAUUAGUGUAAUUGUUGAACAGGAAAAUAUCUCUCUCUCUCUUUCUCUUUCUCUAGCAUAUUGGAAGUAAAUCUGUGAAGCCAGAUUAAUUGCCGUCUCCUUAAUGGUGUUAGUUUUUUUUACAGCUGCGUGCUCCGAUUUGAAACAAUACCCGCCUCUUUUACACAAUCGAAUACCCGCGCUGUUAGUACUCUCCAGUACGGGGAAAUACAAAGAUUAAGUUUGUUUGAUUUCAAAGAAGCCUGGUACAAUAUAGGUGUAAAGGUUAUAUACAAGAAUUUUAUGAUGAAAAAUAUAAUUUUUUAGGCAUUGAUAUAUUUAGAUGUAAAUACAAUCUCAAGGAUAAAUGUAUAAUGCAAUACAAUAGUGUAAAAACAGCAAUUUUAAAGUUUUUUAAAAGGUCUAAUAUUGACAGGACUUCUGCUAAAAGAAAUUUCUAUCCAUGCAUGUAUACUAUUUUUACCCCAAACAGUUAUACCCCAUGAAAAGUGCACAAAAAUUAUUUACAAUAUUUUGAAUGAAAAUGUGGUUUUUCCAAUUGCUGUAACCAAAUGGAAAACAUAUCUAACUGAUUAUAAUGUUAAAUAUCUUACUGUUUAUGACAUAUUAAAAGAUUUGUUUUAAAACUACCAAUUUGAAAGAUUCUUCUGUAAAAUGACUUCAUUUUAGAAUUUUACACAAAAUUCAUCCAGUUGGAUACUACCUAAAAAAUUAAUUACAAAACUAGAAACAGAUGUGGGUUCUGUAAAAAUAAUGUGGAAACGAUAAUACAUUUUUUUAUUUCCUGUGAGAAAAUACAUACCAUGUGGAGUGAACUUAGUUUGUAUAUUUACAAAAAGACCUCUGAAAGAGUUGGAUUUAAUAUGUCUCAUAUUAUAUUUGGCCAACUUUCAUUGUCGUUUCAUAACAAAGUCAUUAAUUUUAUAAGUCUUUAUAUGAAAUAAUAUAUAUAUAUUGUUGUCUUAUGUCAAAUAAGAUUUAAUGCUUGAUUAAUCUUACAAUAUUGAAAGAUAUGUAGCAAAACAAACUUGUAAAUUACAAUAUUUUGAAAAAUUAUAAGACAGUUGGAAAGGUAUCUUUGAUGCUGACAUCUGAUUUAUUUCCAAUAUGAUUAUUUUGUCUAUUUAUCAUUUGUUACUUAAACUUUUGUUUUGUGUAGUUUUUGUUAUGUAGGCAAGUAACCAUUGAAUAAUUCAUUGAGGUGUUUUUUCAUAGGUGUGGGUAUGUAAGUGUGUGUGUGACUGAAUGUCUGUUCUGUAUGUAUGUUCUUUGAAAAAGAAAUAAAUUAUAAAUAAUUCGUUUUUAUUUUGCACCCAAGUUAAAUAAAGAAAAGUAUAUAGUAAUGAGACUUGUUAAUCAUGAAGAAGUUUAUGAUUAUUGUGUAUAAAUUAUUGCUUGUGUCACCCAACUUUUUCAACGAUCUGUUAAAAGAAAACUUUGUAUUUAUCAUGUUAUGUUCUUGUAAUUUGACUCGCAUGUAAAUAGUUGAAUAUUUUUGUAAAUAUACUCUAAUAUAUGCUGUGUAUUUUACUUGUUGUUUGAAUUUCAAUAUGUCUCACAAAUUUUACUAAUUCAGCCUUUGGCAAAAAAAAAAAAUAAAAAUAAAAAUAAAACAGAUGUAAAAACAUAUGAAAUGUGUAUAUAUUUUCAAUAAAAUUUGAAUUGUUCUGUCCAUCAUGAUUGUGCACGUGACAUAUGUUCCUUAUACAUUACAUUUGGAGGAAUCAACA